AGAUGUUUGUCCCUAAACUAACCUCACAAAAAACAACAAAAAAUUUGAGUAGCUAUUUUUUGGAAAAAAUGUUGAAUUUUCGAUACAACACGAAUAAAUUGAUAAAUGAACUGAGGCUUCAUCGAUCAGCUAGUACUGUCACUCCAAAAAAUGAAGUCUCACCAAUAUUUACCAACAGAAAUCCCAGAAACUUGGAAAGAAUGAGAAUUGCUUAUAAACCUGAUGGUUACCAUGUAGAGGCCCCAGGUAGAAAUUAUUGGCACAAAUUACUCCUCCAUAGUUCUGGAAGAUAUGUUACAGCUAGUGUACAUCAUUUUGAGGGUGGAGAAAUCCUGAGGACAAGCACAUCUGAUUGGGCUCUGAAAAAGCAGCUGUAUAAAACCAAUGAUACUGCAGCAUAUAUUAAUUUGGGAAGGGUUUUUGCACAAAGAUGUCUCCAGAGUGGAUUGAUAGAAAUGAGCUGUUACAUUGAUGCCCCCAAUCCCAAUGGCAAAGUUGCUUUGUUUCUUAAAGCAGUUGAAGAUGGUGGAGUGUGUCUCAAAGAACCAACACAGUUUAAGCCUAUUAGGCCUUGGGACCUAGAGAGACCAGAGAAACCCUGGGAAGUCACUGAAUAGUAGGUAGGUAUUCAAAAUUAUUGUAAAAUUUCUACUUUUUAUAUCAUGUUUAUUAUUAUAUAAAUAGAAAUUAGACUAACAUUUAGACAUAUUUUUACUGGUAUCUCCCUUUGAUGUGCUUCCACAAUUUCUGAAAAACAAAAUUAAAGAAUGUUAAUGGGGUACCAAAAUAUUAUGAAGCAGUUUAAACAAUCUAGCCUUUCACGGCACCACAGGCAGCCUGAGCAUGUUGAAAUAAAUGCAUUUCCUCAGAUUGUUAUGUAAUAACUCACCCCUUCAUUGUGCCUAUCAAAAAAAUAGUCUGUUCCAAGAUCAAAGGUCCUUUCAAAGAAAAACGCUGAUCCUAUGACAGCAAGAGCCAUUGUUGAGGUCCUUUUGAAGAUUGUAUUGUAAAUUGUGGCUGAGAUACCCAUUAUUUUAUUGCUUUCCAAAAUCAAAAAGAUUGGAAAUGGCAAAUUCAGAUCAAGAACUGACAGCAGU